AUGACGUUCUGGUGUAGAUGUGUUUUUUCCAAAGUGAUCAGUGUGGCACUGAUCAUUAUUAUCAGUGUAACAAUUGGAGUAACCUCGGAGAAAGGAAGGGAGGAGCCACAUUCGUUUACGAUAGAUGAGCUGCUGUCGUCCCAUUAUGAACACAAGCAUUCCGAUGAUAUUGGUAUGGAUCCUUGUAAAGCUGGUAACUUCCAAGGUGAUAUAGCAAUAUCUGAUGACUUCUUCAAACCAGCGAAUACCGCCCCUUCCACAUCAAAAAUAAAUAAAUCUCUACAAGAGGAGGUGGAGCGACUAAAAAAAGAAGUUCUUCUUGAGGGAUUACAAGUCGAAGAAGAAGGUCUUCCAGACAUAUUAAGAAAAAGAACCAAGCAACCCGCCUCUUUAGUUCAGGAGAAACCGAAAAAGUAUAAUGAUGCAUCUUUACACACAAAAGUGCUACCAGCUGGCUUAGACAAAGCACUAUUAAUAAAGAACGGUAAAUUACUUCCAGAGGAAAUCUUAGAUAAUUAUACUAGCGUGGCCUAUCAAAAUAAAUCAUGUCCAACAAACCAAAGUGCCAUUGUAGAUAAUCUAACAGAAUACGAAAGCUUGGAACAAGAUGGUGUUUUAGUGGUGAAUGUAUCAACAGAUAAUAUUCUUAACCUAGAAGACUUCUACCCAAGUCUUCAGUUAUCAAAUUUAUCUAACAAAAUGGAUGAAGUUACGAAUAAAAUACAAAGCAACAGUCGGGAAAUUACCGGUGAUUCUAACAAUAACAUAAAGAUUAAGGAUCUACCAGAAAAUGUGACCAUAGCUCCUGCACCUACAAACGGUGUUAUACCAACAAAUGAACAAGAUGAAGAAAUUGUUAACAAAGAUAAGUCAACAAUAAAUAGAACAAAUAAAGAAAUAGAUGAUAAAGUUUAUGAAGCAAAUGACUUGCUUAAACCAACAGAAAGUCUUCAGAGCCUUUUGGAUGAAACAGAAGUGCGAAGACGUCGCAGAAGGCGUAGACAUGGUAAUGGGAGACGACUUAGGAACAUUCAAUCCGGCGAAAGAACGGGUAAGAACGCCCUGAAAUCAUCUCAAGAGAAUCUAGACGAAACGCAUUACGCUAGAAAGAAGUUUUUUCGCCACCAAAGAAAGUACGACGGAAAGGAAAUAAAAUAUAAAAAAUUCGAAAUACCGGAACACGAGUUCGAAGAGAGGUUCGAAGUGCAACCGCCGCCGAAGGAUAACAAAAAUAGAACAGAAAUGCAACAGUUUAAGGACUGGUUUUUUCGUGACUCCGACAUCGAUUUAGAAGCUAUGGAAAGUCAGUUGUACAAUCAAACAGAGGAACCUAAACGCAGACACCGCACUGCUAGAGCAGCCACUAACCGCAAGGAGCGAAUUUGGGAGUACGGUGUUAUCCCAUACGAAAUAGAUGGUAAUUUCAGUGGCGCCCACAAAUCCUUGUUCAAACAAGCCAUGCGGCAUUGGGAGAAUUUUACAUGCGUGAAGUUCGUUGAACGGGAUCCCAGUCUGCACAAAGAUUAUAUAGUAUUUACAGAAAGACCUUGUGGGUGUUGCUCGUUCGUGGGCAAGCGGGGAAGCGGCGCACAGGCGAUAUCGAUCGGCAAGAACUGCGACAAGUUCGGCAUCGUGGUGCACGAGCUGGGCCACGUGGUCGGCUUCUGGCACGAGCACACGCGCCCUGACCGGGACAACCACGUGCAAAUCAUCAGGGACAACAUUUUGAGUGGUCAAGAGUAUAACUUCAACAAGCUCACGUAUGAAGAAGUUAACUCGUUGGGUCAGACCUAUGACUACGACAGCAUAAUGCAUUACGCAAGAAACACGUUCAGCAAAGGCACCUACUUGGACACGAUACUCCCGUUGGAAGUUCACGGGAAGAAGAGGCCGGAGAUCGGGCAACGAGUGAGGCUCAGUGCCAGUGAUAUAGCUCAAACUAAUUUACUGUAUAAGUGUGCGAAAUGCGGCAAGACCUUCCUGGGUAACUCGGGGUGGUUCACCUCGCCGGGCUGGGGCUCGGAGGCGGCGCCCGCCGUGCCCGAACGCUGCGAGUGGAGGAUCGUCGCCACGCACGGAGAGCGAGUCGUCCUCAACAUAACUGAAAUCGACAUUCACAAAUCGGACGGAUGCCGCUCGGAGUGGGUAGAGGUCCGAGAUGGGUACAUGCCGAACGCGCCCGUUCUGGGACGGAUUUGUGGCUCUGGAAAAGGUCCGAUGAUGAGGUCGACUGGCUCGCGGCUUACCGUCGUCUAUCAACCGGGCUUAAGGCCUAAGCCGCAUAGAGGAUUCCGGGCUCAUUAUGAAGCGGUUUGCGGCGGUGACAUAGAGGUUGAUAACAGCGGCCAUUUGGAGUCGCCAAACUAUCCCGAUGAUUACCAGCCCAAUAAGUUAUGCGUAUGGAGGCUUUCCGUGCCACAGGACUACCAAGUAGCAUUGCGGUUUCAUUCGUUUGAAGUGGAGAACCAUGAUACUUGCAAUUAUGACAAAGUGAAAGUUAGAGAUGGUGAUUCUAUGGACAGUCCGCUCAUCGGUAUGUUUUGUGGACACAAAAUACCACCAGAUAUCAGAUCGACGUCAAACAAACUACUAGUGAUUUUCGAGUCGGACAGCUCUGUGCAGAAGGCAGGCUUCUCGGCAACGUUCAUGAAGGAGUUCGACGAGUGCGCGUCCAUCGACCACGGCUGCAGCCACUCGUGCGUGAACACGCUGGGCGGCUAUGAGUGCGCCUGCGACAUCGGCUACGAACUGCACUCCGACGGCAAGAAAUGCGAGAAUGCAUGUGGCGGUGUAUUAUACGCACCUAACGGCACCAUCACGUCACCAUCUUUCCCGGACCUGUACCCGCCAUCGAAGAAUUGCCUGUGGGAGAUCGUGGCACCGCCUCAACAUCGCAUCACUCUAAACUUCACGCAUUUUGACCUUGAAGGCACCAACAAUAUGUACCACCAGGAGUGCGAGUACGACAGCGUGACGGUGCACUCGCGGCUGGGCGACGACGUGCUGCGGCGGCACGGCGCCUUCUGCGGCUCCGCGCUGCCGCCGCCCGUCACCUCCGACGGCUCCGUGCUGCGCGUGCAGUUCACAUCGGACACGUCGGUGCACCACUCGGGCUUUGCGGCCACGUACUACGUGGACGUGGACGAGUGCGCGGAGAACAACGGCGGCUGCCAGCACGAGUGCCGCAACACGCUGGGCGGCUUCGAGUGCGCCUGUCACAGCGGCUUCGCGCUGCACCACAACAAGCGCGACUGCAAGGAGGGCGGCUGCAAGCACGACAUCACGCAUCCGCACGGCACCAUAUUCAGUCCAAACUAUCCCGACACGUAUCCUUCUAGGAAGGAUUGCGUCUGGCAAUUCUCCACGACUCCUGGUCACCGUAUCAAGUUAAUCUUCAACGUUUUCGAGUUGGAAUCGCAUCAGGAAUGCACGUACGACCACGUGUCAAUAUACGACGGCGCGUCAGCAGAUGAGAAGACGCUGGGUCGAUUCUGCGGCAGCAAGUUGCCGCAUCCUGUUGUUGCCUCGCAGAAUCAGAUGUACGUCGUGUUCAAGUCCGAUGCCUCUGUUCAGAGGAAAGGUUUCCUAGCUACUUACUCAACUGCGUGCGGCGGCUACCUGUCGGCGACGGAGACGGUGCGGCACCUGUACUCGCACGCGCGCUACGGACACGACUCGUACGAGUCGCGCGCCAACUGCGACUGGAGCAUCGUGGCGCCGCUCGGCCACUUCGUGCGCCUCACCUUCCUCACUUUCGACCUCGAGCCCGAAGCCAACUGCGGCUACGAUUACGUGCAGGUGUUCGGUGGCCUGGAAGGCAGCGCCGGUGACUAUGGCAGCUUUUGCGGGACAAAGACUCCACCGGAAAUCGUUUCUACAACAGAGGCACUCCUCGUGAAAUUCCGUACAGACGACUCAAUAGUUUUCAAAGGAUUUUCAGCAUCUUACCAAGCGGUUAAGCCUGAGUUAUGGAGCGAGGAAGACAGCUCUGAAGGUGGAGAAAUCGAAGAAGAAGAAGAUGAACGUAUGCCUCCAUUAGUUGUUGGGCGAAGGGGCUUACGUGCACCAUUACCAAGAUUUGUUAGGCGACCAACGUGA